AUGAAGUCGGGAAAGGUGAUCAACCAGACGCUUUGGCAAGUAUGUCGAUCGCCAGCGUCAAGUAGCAGUGAUAACCACGACCAGUCGCCAUCGCAGUCUCCACCACGCCCGCAUCGAUCUGCAUCCACAUCGCACAAGAAACGAUCCAGUCGUAAUGAUGGCUGGAAUGGAAUGCGAUCUCGGUCGCGGUCGCGUUCUCGUUCCACUUCCCGUCAACGUAAGAGGAAACGUUCUCAGACACCGUCAAAUGUGAAGAGUCGUGACUAUGAACGCAGAUCGAAUGACCAUCGACGAUCGGAUUCGAGAAGAGACAAUAAUGUGUCGUCGUCUUCGUCGAGUCGAAGGCCAUCGAACAGGUUGACAAGCGAGAGAAGUGAUCAACUGAACACUUGUAGAGGGUCAUCAUCGUUCUACGGAAGUGGCAGCAGCACUGCACUGAAGCGAAUGCAUCGAACGGCACAGCGCUCGAGUGGCGGAGGUGGCGAGAGUAAGUCGUCGAGGAGAGGCGAUAAACGAGACUCGAGACGUGCUCGACGCAGCAGAUCCAGAUCCUCGAGUUCCAGUACGUCAUCCACCGACACGUCAUCACCGUCGUUUAGGAGUAUGAAUGAAAAGAGUAAACAUCGUCACCGAAGUCGUUCAGUCUCAAAGAAGAAGUCCAAACGAAGACGCUCACCAAGCAGGUCACCGUCCACUGAAACGUCCUCUUCGUCGUCGAUUCGCACUCCUCAACCAGCGAUGUCAUCCGGUCACGUUGUGCCACCGCCACCUCCACCGCCACUAACGACCGGUAUAAUAAUGCCUCCAACAUCGUCAUAUAUGCCUCCCCCUGUACCCGUACCCAUCAGUAUGGACGCUACGGCCUAUCAGACGGCUAUGUCUUCAUAUAAUACGCCGUAUGGAUAUCCAAGUCAAUAUUCGACGUAUUCGAUUCCACCGCCACCUUACGCUCAACCGCCACCCUUACCUCCUCCUCCAUCAGCUCCCGAACCAAUAAUUCCACCUCCUCCGUUGCCCCCUCUGCCGGCCGCGAUGCCUCCAACGGCACCGAUGCCCCAGCCCCCUCCCCCCACAUCAAUGCACCAACAACUACCGCCCUUACCCACCAUGCCAGCCAACAUACCUCCUCCGUCCAUACCAAUCCCAGUACCACCCCCCGCAACCACCACUAUACCCCCGUCGACCCUCAUCAUACCCCCACCAGCGUCAUCGUCCUCGUCCUCGUACAAGACCUCAUCGGCGACAAUAUCGUCCACCACACAGCCAUCUGCCAGCACUUCGCAACACCCAAAACGAACCUUCUGUCGUCCACUUGUUUUGAAUAAACGUCUUAAACUUCGUGAGGAUCCCGAAAAUUGGGGUUGUUCAACGGUCGAGAAAUAUGACAUUAAAACACAAGUUGGUGAGGGUACUUAUGGUCAGGUGUAUAAGGCAGUCGAUAAAUAUACUGGUGAAAUAGUGGCGUUGAAGAAGGUACGUCUCGAGAAUGAAAAAGAAGGAUUUCCAAUCACGGCAGUACGUGAAAUUAAGAUUCUACGACAGUUGAAUCAUAAGAAUGUGGUGAGAUUGGUGGAUAUUGUUACCGAUAAACAAACUGCUGCUGAUUUUCGACGAGAUAAAGGCGCAUUCUAUCUGGUAUUCGAAUAUUUGGAUCAUGAUUUGAUGGGUUUGUUGGAGAGUCAGUUCGUGGACUUUAGCGACGAUCAAAUAGCAUCGUUCACAAAACAGUUAAUAUCCGGAUUGGAGUAUUGCCACUCGAUUGGAUUCCUUCAUCGUGAUAUAAAGUGCUCGAAUAUAUUGCUGAACAAUCGUGGUGAGAUUAAGUUGGCUGAUUUUGGAUUGGCGAGGUUGUACGAUGAGGAUCAGGACAGACCGUACACGAAUCGAGUGAUCACUCUCUGGUAUCGACCACCUGAGCUGCUGUUGGGCGAGGAACGAUACUCGACUGCUGUGGACGUGUGGAGUGUUGGAUGUAUUCUGGGUGAGUUGUACACGAAAAAGCCGAUAUUUCAAGGUAGUUCGGAGAUGAUGCAACUGGAAGUGAUAUCGCGAAUCUGUGGCACUCCUUCACCAGAGAACUGGCCUGAUGUCAUCAACCUGCCUUUGUAUUGUAGUUUUAGACCAAAACGUACCUAUGCACGAACGUUGAGAGAUGCCUUCGGAUUCCUUCGAGAGGCAGCAUUGGAUUUGUUAGAUCGUUUAUUGGAGCUGGAUCCUCGAAAGCGAAUGACGUCAAGACAAGCGCUGCAGCAUCCGUGGUUGAAAGACCUCAAUCCGAAUGCCAUUGAACCACCGAAAUUACCGGAUUGGCAAGAUUGUCAUGAAAUGUGGUCGAAGAAACAACGCAAAAAUCGUGCAAGUUAG